AUGGCCCCCUCGGCGCUCCAAGCGCGCAUCGCCGCCUUCGAGGCACUCCAGAACGGCGACCCGUCGCUCCUCGAGCCCUCAUCGCCAACGACAUCCGACUCCAAAGACUCAGAAUGGGUCCUCGAGCCUCCCCAGCCCUCACCGACGAUCAAGAUCCCGCGCACCUCCCCACCCAAGCCCCGGCCCGCGCCCUCCC